AUGUCCAGCAACACUGUGUGGAGCAACGCGCCCGCGCUGACGCGCACGCACUGCGCUGCGAUGGCGGUGACGACAACGGUGACGGUGGCGCCCAUCACGUCGGGUCGCCGUGCGGUCCUGGUCUUCCACCUCGUCUACGCCAGCCCCGGCGACAGUCCCCAGAGCUUGAUCAAUCAGAGCAUUAAUGCGCUACGCGGCCUCGCGGCCAAAUUGCGGCACAAGCACAACGUUCUCAACUACGUGCUCGAGCGCGAUGGCAUUGACGUCCUCUCGCCCGGUGACGCUCGAUUCGCAAAGGCGCUCGUGGCGUCCGGCGCGUACGACGCCGUGCUCGUCGAGUACACACGCCACUGCUGCCACCACGUCUCUGCGUCCAAUUACAAGCUGCUUCCAGAUACGGCGCUACCGCUCUCGCUCGCGGAAAGUGUGCUCACCAUGAGCCCCGAGGUCCGAAGUGGCCGUGAAACUACCGGUCUCGACUAUUGCUCGCUGGUCUUUUGGCUCAAGGCGCACCGGCACCGAGUCGUGUCGCUUCUGCCAGCGCUCAAGUAUGCGGUGCACGGCCACCGUCGUUCUUGCUCGGUCGAUGAGCUAUCGUCGACCUUGGACGGCCUGCCGUUUGACGACGAAGACGCCCUCCUCGGCCAAGCAUCGCCAGCCGCUCUCCUCGAAGCUCUUUUGCCUCGCUUCGCUGACGAAAAAGAGCAGGGCACCCACUGCUACACUGACUCGGUGGUGGCGUGCUUCAAGGCAUUGCUUCGGCUUGGCCGCAUGGACCUUCUCCAGCGCUUCCUCGGCAUGUACCUCUGCGUGGACGACGAAUAUGCUCGCGACACCGCUGUGGGGCGGUGGAUUCACCGCUGCCUCCAGGUGUUUGGCUGGGAACCGCUGGCGUCAGCACUCUACAGUGUCGCCCAGGACCCCGUGUGCCCACCAUUUAUCCAGCGGUUUGCUGCCGAGUGCAUCACUGAAAUGUGGGCCAUCGUCGCCGAGGGCAUGCCCCUUUUCACCGAUUCCGGAGUGACACCAUGGGUCAACGGGGUCGUCGUCGACAUUUGCCGCCAUAGCUUGCAGCUCGAGGUACACGCAGUGACCGUGUCCGUGACGGACCGCUGGCUCUACAAUCGGCUGCCUGACCUCAUCGUCGCCAAGGUCGCAACGUACCUCGGGCCCGCCAACCACAUGCAGCGCCUCAUCGAUAUGAACGUGAUUUGUCUGAUCGAGGAUCUCGCACCGGGCGUUGUCGCGCUACUGGAACAAGGCUAUGAUGCUGUCGCGCACCGCUACAUCCCGAGCGUCUGCAAGGGCGUCCGCAGCCCUAGCGACAACGUGACGUACCUUGUCGAAGUCGUCUACAACCUCUUGGUCGUGGCUGCGCUGGAAGGCGGCAGCAUGUGGCGCGACACGCUCGACUGCUGCGGGCGAGAGCUCGGGCUUGCUCGCGACGGCACCGAUCGUUGA